AUGCAGAGUCAAGACGUGUUUGGGGGGUUUGGCAGCCGUCUUGCAUCGUCGAAGUUUGGUACAGACAAUACUGGCUUCAGCCAUGGUGCCUUCAAUUCCAAUCUCGGGGCUUUUCAGGGUUUCAGCGACCGCAACAUGCGUAAACCCGUUCCUUCGAUACCAACCGCACCUAGAGACCAACAACCUACAUAUAAUGCCAACGAACAGACGCCCGGUCCCGCGUUUGAUAUGAACUUCACGCCGCUGUUGCCUUCUCAACUGCUUCUCGGCAGCCCCUUUCAACCUGGCUCUCCCGGCGCCUUCGGUUCGCCGCAGUUUCCAAGCUUCAACCGUCUCCCACAGGGAACCAAUGCUCUGCACCACCAGACCCAGCAGUACCAGCAAAACCAACAAGCUCAAGUCCAACUUGGAAGUCCCGUGCAAUCAAACGCCAAUCUCCUAUCGUCUCAAGGAUAUCAGACGGUCAUGACCCCGGAGGGCUACACAGCACAUUCUCCCACCGGCUUCUCUGGCCUAGGCAACGCGGCAUUUGGUCAUUAUCAACCAAUGAUGGGGAUGGGCCACACCUGGAUGCCUGGGACGAGUCGUACAGUCUACUUGGGAAAUAUUCCAGCCGACACUACUGCAGAAGAGAUCUUGAGUCAUGUUCGGAGUGGCCAGAUUGAGUCCGUGCGACUCUUACCAGAAAAGAACUGUGCCUUCAUUUCGUUCCUCGACAGCAGCUCUGCCACUCAUUUCCAUUCCGACGCGAUCUUGAAAAAGCUUUCGAUCAAAGGCCAUGAUAUAAAGAUUGGGUGGGGUAAGCCAUCUGCAGUGCCUACUUCCGUUGCUCUCGCCGUUCAGCAAUCCGGGGCAUCCAGGAACGUCUACUUGGGCAACCUUCCAGAAGAUAUCACUGAGCAAGAGCUUCGAGAGGACCUGGGAAAAUUUGGUCCCAUCGAUACCGUCAAAAUGGUCCGUGAGAAGGCGAUCGCCUUUGUCCAUUUUCUAUCUAUUGGCAAUGCCAUCAAGGCCGUGGCUCAACUUCCUCAGGAUCCCAAGUGGGGUCCGCCACGCCGCGUGUAUUAUGGCAAGGAUAGAUGUGCAUACGUCUCCAAGACCCAGCAGCAAAACGCCGCGCAGUACUUGGGCAUCGCUCCUGGCUAUGCCCAUGUCCUCAAUGGCGCCGACCGUGACCUGAUCUCCAACGCCCUGGCACAGCAAUCCGUCGCUGCAGCCGCGGUGGCUACCACAGCUGGCGGCGUCAAUAAUCUGGGUAAUCGGACAGUGUACCUGGGAAACAUCCACCCCGAGACCACCAUCGAAGAGAUUUGCAAUGUGGUCCGAGGAGGCCUUCUUCACCAUAUCAGAUACAUACCAGACAAGCACAUCUGCUUCGUGACAUUCAUCGAUCCCACAUCCGCAGCGUCGUUUUAUGCUUUGAGCAAUCUUCAAGGUCUCAUGAUCCACAACCGACGACUGAAGAUUGGCUGGGGUAAGCACUCGGGAGCCCUUCCACCUGCCAUUGCUUUGGCCGUCAGCGGGGGCGCGUCUCGCAACGUGUACAUUGGUAAUCUCGAUGAGAGUUGGAACGAGGAUCGUCUACGACAAGACUUUUCCGAAUAUGGCGAAAUUGAGCUGGUCAACACACUACGUGAGAAAAGCUGUGCUUUUGUCAAUUUCACCAACAUUGCCAACGCCAUCAAAGCGAUCGAGGCGGUCCGACAGAAGGAAGAAUACAAGCGCUUCAAGAUCAACUUCGGCAAAGAUCGAUGUGGCAAUCCUCCACGUCUCAAUAAUGUGAAUGGCAACCAUAGUCGACUACCAGGGACACUGGAUGCGACCGGUUCUCCCGCCACGAUGAACGGAUUUGACAACCCGGUAUCGCAGCCAGGGGCCAGUCCCACGAGAGCAAAUGUUCCGCUCGGGCCAAAAGCCUCACUGAGCGGACAGUCGCACAACAUUCCUCGCCAACAUCAACCCGUCAUUGCCGCUCCAACCCCAUCCGCAAUUUUGAACGCCGGAAACAACAACCCCUUGACAAUGUACUUGACACACGUAUCUCAACAGGCGCAGGCCGAGCAGGAUAUGCGGGAGGAUGGGUUGCCAUUCGUUUCAUUGCAACAGCAACAGAAUCAAGCACUGGCAAACCAACAGGCAGCAUUGUAUGGCGACAUGCCAAACGGCCACAGCGGACUCGACGCCACUACUCCGUCUCACGUACCACGACAGAACAGCAUAAGUGGCGGGUUUGCGGCUAAUUCCAUGAGCAAUGGCACGUCCACUACGAUUGGUGGUCUUCUAGCUCCGACCAACACGGGUCUGGGAGCAAAUCGAAGUGCACAUUCCAGAGCCGUUUCUCUUCCUGCAUUCUCGCAAGAGCUUUUUGGCGGGCAGCAAUCUAGCCAGCAAGGGCCCUCCUCAUCCCGUGGGUUUGGAGGACACGCCCCUCAAGGCAGUUUCGGCGGCUUUGGAUCUGCCUUUGGCACUGGCUUUGGCACCAGUGGAUUCAAUGGACUUGGACUGACGAGCGACAGCCGCAGUGCCCUCUCCGGUUGGGCUGAGGAGGAAAUCGGAGCAAAAUAA